AUGUCGACACAGGAUAAGAGAAAAAGAGACGAAGAGUCUCCUUUGCUGAGACAAGAUGCAACUAAGCAACCUACUACUUCAUCACUUGUACGUAGCGGAGAGGAGAUGUCUUUCCCAAGAGGUGGUGCAUCGGCAUUGACUCCAUUGGAAUUAAAACAGGUUGCCAAUGAGGCUGCUAAUGAUGUUCUAUUUGGUGGUAAAUCGUCAGAAAACGUGGACGAAAGUCGACCAAAGAAGAGAAAAAAGACUAGCAAGAAGAGUAAGGAUGAGCCAAAGACAGAGGUAGAUGAAGAAGAAACUGUUGAUCUUGUUCAGCAUAUCAAUUUCAAGAAUUUGAAGAAGGGAUCAGUUCUAUUGGGCCAAGUGUCUGCGAUUUACAAACACGAGUUAUGUGUAUCUUUUACCGAUAACAUUUCUGGGUUCGUAAAGAUCACAAAUAUCUCCGAACAGCUUAAUGCAGUGCUAGAAGAUUUAGAUGAAGAUAUGGAGGAUGAAAAGGUGGCUCAAGUGAAGCAAGAUGGUGAGUACGAUUCUUCAGAUGAUGAAGCUACCGAAAAACCUUCUAAGGAAUUGCCAGAUCUAAAAAAUUACUUUCAGCUUGGUCAAUGGUUGAGGUGCUCUGUCGUAUUGAACUCCACGUUUGAUACAGAAAGAAAGAAAAAUCAAAAGAAGAGAAUUGAGCUUUCGAUUGCACCUUCAGAUGUAAACCCUUUUACUGAAGAAGAUCUAGAUAAGCAUACCGCUAUACAGUGCUCUGUUAAGAGCACUGAAGAUCACGGUGCUACUCUGGAUAUAGGGAUCAGCGGUUUUACCGGUUUCAUUCCAAAGAAAGCAUUGCCAAAUUUCGAGCAGUUGGAGCCAGGGUCAGUCUUCCUAGGUAACAUCUCUAAAAAAUCAGGUAGAGCUGUUACAGUGAACUUGGAUUUCAAUGCCAAGAACAGUAAAAUUACUCAGGUUUCCUCGAUUGAUGCCGUGGUUCCAGGUCAGGCAAUUGACCUACUUUGCGAAGACGUUACAAAGAAUGGUAUCAUUGGUAAGGCUUUUGGUUUAAUUUCCGGUUUCUUAGGUACCAGUCAACUGCGAAACUUCAGCCUAGAAGAGCUCAAGCACAAGUUUGCUGUAGGAUCCAGCAUCAGAUGUAGAGUCAUCGCUUCGCUUCUCAAUAGAGAUGCCACUAAGGUACUAAUCUUGAGCAUCUUACCUCAUAUCCUUUCCUUGGAGACCAAGCUAUUGGAGAAGGAAAGUUUGGAGUCAUUCCCAGUAGGUUACAAACUCGACUCUUGUGCAGUUCUUGGACGUGACUCGGAGUUCCUAUACGUGGCAGUUGAUGAGGAGCGCAUUGGUCAAGUUCACUCAUCAAAAAUUGGUGAGGUAAAUCAUCAAAGUAGUGUUGCCGCUAGGGUCCUUGGAUACAAUGAGGUGGAUAGACUCUAUGAAUUAUCUACUGACCCAGAAGUGUUGAAGCUUAAAUAUUUAAGGCCAAAAGACAUUCCAGUUGGUACAAUAAUUCCAAAAUGUGAGGUUGUCACAGUUUCGAGUUCUGGCAUACAAUUAAAACUGUUCAAUGAUCAGUUUACUGCAUUUGUUCCCCCACUGCAUAUUUCUGACACAAAAUUGGUGUAUCCGGAGAGAAAGUUCAAGAUUGGAUCUAAGGUUAAGGGUAAGAUCCUCAACGUUGAUGGACGUGGUCAUAUUUUCGUCACUUUAAAAAAGUCUUUGGUUAACCUUGAAGAAGACAUUGAGGUAGUUUCAUCUUAUGCAACUGCCCGUAAAAUUCAAGAAAUAAACCAGAAAACCGUCGCCACAGUACAAGCUUUCCAAGCUAAAGGUUGUCACCUACUGUUCUUCGGUGGUGUCAGAGGGUUCUUGCCAAACUCUGAAAUCUCUGAAGUGUUUGUCAAGAGACCAGAAGACCAUUCAAGGUUAGGUCAAACGGUCAUGGUCAAAAUCCUUGACGUAGAUGAAGAAAGAGCCAGAAUCAUUGCAACAUGUAAAGUUUCAUCUGACGAGGCAGAAGAACAAAAGGAGGCUAUUGAUAAAAUGGUUCUUGGCCGUACUAUGGUUGAUGUCACUGUCGCUGAGAAAACAAAGGACUCCUUGGUUGUUGAGAUGAACAAUGUCGGUUUGCGUGGUGUUAUUUACGUUGGUCAUCUCUCGGAUUCAAGAAUUGAGCAAAACCGAGCACAGCUUAAGAAAAUCAGAAUAGGUUCGGAGCUUAACGCUUUGGUUAUCGACAAGGAUGUCAGAAAUCAAGUAUUCAACGCAACUCUAAAAGAAUCCCUGAUUAAGGACGCUCAGAACAAUCAACUUCCAGUGACUUAUGAAGACAUCAAGGAAAAGAAGCUAACAACUGCAAUGCACGGUUACAUCAAAUCCAUCUCUGACAAAGGACUUUUCGUGGCAUUCAAUGGUAAAUUUGUCGGUAUGGUAUUACCCAGUUACGCAGUUGAAAGCAGGGACGUUGACUUUGCCAAGGCAUUUUACAUUAAUCAGUCUGUCGCCGCUUACCUUUUGAGGACCGAUGACGCAAACCAGAGAUUCUUGCUGACCUUUAAAGAACCAAAAGAUAAAUCCAGUGAUAAAGCUGCUAGUCUAGCAGCUAUAAACCCAGUAGACAAGUCAAUCAAGAGGCUCGAAGAUUUCAAGCUAGGAAAAGUUAUCGACGCAAAGAUUAAGGGCGUUAAGAAAAACCAACUGAACGUUAUCUUGGCUGACAACCUUUACGGAAGAAUCGACAUCUCAGAGGUUUUUGACAGCUAUGAAGCUAUCAGCAAUCCAAAAGAACCACUUGGUGGUAUGAAGAAGGAUGACAUUAUCAGGGUAAAGGUCAUCGGUAACCACGACGUUAGAGGCCAUAAGUUCCUACCUAUUACUCAUACGGUAACCAAUUCCACCGUGUUGGAGUUGACCAUGAGAAAGUCAAUGAUAAAUGACUCUAACUGCAAGGUUCAGAGCAUUGAAGACGUUGCAGUUGGUCAGGAAGUUUUGGGGUUUGUCAAUAACUAUGCAAGUAACAACUUGUGGUUAACUGUUUCUCCCACCCUAAAGGCUAAAAUUUCUGUCUUCGAUCUAACCGAUGAUAGUUCCAAGUAUUCUAAGAACUUUGAGGAACAGUUUCCUCUUGGAAGUGCUCUUAAGGUAUCAGUCAAGGGCAUUGAAUCCGAACACGGUUUCAUUACUGUGACAGGGAGAUCUCAUGCUGUUCAAAUUGCUACUGAUGUUAAGGUCGGUGACAAGCUACCAGCCAAGAUCGUAAAGAUCAAUGAGAAAUAUAUUCUUCUCAACUUGGGUGGCGACGUUGUGGGUAUUUCAUUCGCACCUGACGCCCUGGAUGAUUUCUCAGUUCCAUUGAACGUUGCCUUUGAAGGUAUGGUUAAUCAGAUAAUACCUGCUACUGUAGUGUCUAUCGAUUCUGAGAAUGACAAGAUCAAACUCUCUCUGCGGUCCGCUAAUCCAAAGACUCGUGAAAUAAAGUCUCACAAGGAUAUUAAACAAGGGGAUGUUGUUCAAGCAUUGGUGAAGAGAGUCACUGACAAGGGUAUUUUCGUUUACCUAAGUACUAACCUUGAGGCAUUCGUCCCUGUCAGCAAACUUUCUGAUUCUUUCUUGAAGGAAUGGAAGAAAUUUUACAAACCAAUGCAAUGUGUUGUAGGUAAAGUGAUCAACAGUGAAAAUGAUUCUCGUAUUCUUCUUACUCUAAGAGAGUCCGAAGUGAAUGGUAAAUUGCACGUUUUGAAAAAUUACGAUGAUAUCAAAGUUGGAGACAUAUUUGAAGGUAACGUGAAAAACGUCACUGAUUUCGGUGUAUUUGUGAAAUUAGAUGAUACUGUGAAUAUCACUGGUCUCGCCCACCGUUCUGAAAUUGCAGAUACGGCGCCUGAGGAUCUGUCAUCAUUGUUUGGUAAUGGUGACCGGUUGAAGGCAUACGUUAUCAAAGUUAAUCCAGACAAGAAGCAAAUUUCGUUAAGUUUGAAGGCCUCUCAUUUCAGUAAGCAGGACAAUGGGGAAAAGAAGGCCGAGACUCAGGAUGUUGUCGAAGACAAUGAUGCAGAUGAGGCAAUGGAGCAGGUCGUGUAUAACCAUAAUGAGUCGGAUGCUGAAUCUGACGUAGAAAUGGAUUAUCAAGAAUCAGCUCCAGCAAAGAAGCCUCAGCAAUCUGAGGGCUUGAGUUUGAGUGCCGGUUUUGAUUGGACGGCAAGUAUUUUGGAUCAGGCUCACGAGGAUGAAGAGUCUAGUGACGACGAGGAUUUCACUGAGACCAACAAGUCGAAGCGUCACAGAAAGAAGAAGCAUGUUGUCGAAGACAAGACCAUCGAUAUAAGUACUAGAGCUCCAGAGUCGGUAGUUGAUUUCGAGCGUCUGAUCAUGGGUAACCCAAACUCUUCGGUCAUUUGGAUGAACUAUAUGGCCUUCCAGCUUCAACUAAGUGAAGUUGAGAAAGCCCGUGAGAUUGCUGAACGUGCUCUGAAGACGAUCAGUUUUAGAGAAGAAGGCGAAAAGUUGAACAUUUGGAUUGCUCUUCUCAACUUGGAAAAUACCUUUGGUACUGAUGAAACUUUGGAGGAGGUAUUCAAGAGAGCUUGCCAAUACAUGGACUCGUUUACUAUUCACAAUAAGCUAUUAAGCAUUUAUCAAAUGAGUGAAAAGUUUGAUCAAGCUGCUGAGUUGUUUAAAGCUACGGCAAAGAAGUUUGGUUCCGAGAAAGUCUCUAUAUGGUUGGCUUGGGGUGAAUUUUUGUUGUCCCAAAACCAAAUUCAAGAGGCCCGUUCUUUGUUGUCAAAUGCCCUAAAGGCCUUGGCCAAACGAUCUCACAUCGAAGUUGUCAGGAAAUUCGCUCAGUUAGAAUUUGCCAAGGGUGAUGCUGAAAGAGGUCGUUCAUUAUUUGAAGGUCUAAUGGCAGACGCUCCAAAGAGAAUCGAUCUAUGGAAUGUCUACUUGGAUCAAGAAAUCAAGGCCGGGGAAAAGAAAAAGGUGGAGAACAUCUUCGAGCGUGUUAUCACCAAAAAGAUCACUAGAAAGCAAGCCAAGUUCUUCUUCAACAAGUGGCUACAAUUUGAAGAAUCUCAUGAAGACCUCAAAUCUGCUGAAUAUGUAAAGAGUAAGGCCAUCGAGUUUGCGGAGAAGAACUCAAAAGCAGAGGUAAAUUGA